CGAAGAUGGCGUGUUGUGGAAACUGUUUUUGUUGCCAAUGUUGCUGCAGAGAAGGGGAGACAAGGACGCCCGAGGAACUGACAAUCCUUGGGGAAUUCCGAGAUGAAGAAGACGAGAUUUUACCCAGGAAAGAUUAUGAGAGCUUGGAUUAUGAUCGCUGCAUCAAUGAGCCCUAUGUGGAGGUUCUGGAGGGGAUGGACAACAAGAAAGCCAAGAGGUAUGAAGCAGUCCGGUGGAUGAUGAUGUUCGCUAUCGGAGUCACAGUGGGUCUGGUUGGCCUGUUUGUGGAUUUCUUUGUGCGCCUCUUCAGCAAAAUCAAAUUUACCGUGGUUGGUGAUUCUGUGGAGAAGUGCAGCGACAAAGGCUGUCUCCCUCUGUCUCUGCUGGAGCUCCUAGCAUUCAACAUGACCUUCGUCUUCAUCGCCAGUGUGCUGGUCCUCAUUGAGCCAGUAGCUGCAGGCUCGGGCAUCCCGGAAAUCAAAAGUUACUUGAACGGAGUGAAGAUUCCAGGAAUUGUCAGGCUGAGAACCUUUUUCUGCAAAGCUGCGGGAGUCCUGUUCAGUGUGGCUGGAGGUCUGUUUGUGGGGAAAGAAGGUCCGAUGAUACACAGUGGAGCCAUAGUGGGAGCUGGCCUUCCUCAGUUUCAGAGCAUCUCUUUCAGGAGGAUCAAAUUUGAUUUUCCCUACUUCCGCAGUGACAGGGACAAGCGAGACUUUGUGUCAGCGGGUGCUGCUGCUGGAGUAGCUGCUGCCUUUGGUGCUCCUAUAGGUGGCACACUCUUCAGUCUGGAGGAGGGCUCCUCUUUCUGGAACCAGGCCCUCACUUGGAAAGUGCUCUUCUGUUCGAUGUCAGCCACCUUCACCCUCAACUUCUUCCGUUCUGGGAUCAACUUUAACAAGUGGGGCUCAUUCCAGCUGCCUGGUCUGCUCAACUUUGGGGAGUUCAAGUGUUCAGAUGGAGAUAAGAGCUGCCACCUGUGGACAGCAGUGGACCUGGCCUUCUUUGUCCUGAUGGGGGUGGUGGGUGGCCUGUUGGGGGCGCUCUUCAACUGCAUGAACAAGAUCCUGGCCAAGUAUCGCAUCAAACACAUCCACCCCAAGGCCAAGUUUAUCAGAGUUCUGGAGAGCCUGCUGGUUGCCAUGGUGACAACCGUGGUGAUAUUUGCAGCUUCAAUACUGUUGGGUGAAUGUCGCGACUUGUCCUCCCACACACCCCAAAACACCACACUGUCUGGCAGUGAGGACAUCAACUCAACCAUUCGACAGUUCUUCUGCACCAACGAGACCUACAACGACAUGGCCACGUUGUUCUUCAACCCACAGGAGGCCGCCAUCCACCAGCUCUUCCACCAGGAUGGUACCUUCAGCCCAGUGACUCUGUCAGUCUUCUUCCUGCUGUACUUCCUGUUGGCCUGCUGGACCUACGGAGUGUCUGUACCCAGCGGCCUCUUUGUCCCCUCACUGCUCUGUGGGGCGGCUUUUGGACGUCUGGUUGCCAACAUCCUAAAAGUGAAACUGGGAAUGGAAAUCUACUCUGGGACCUUUGCUCUCAUUGGAGCUGCAGCCUUCCUCGGAGGCGUGGUCAGGAUGACCAUCAGUCUGACUGUCAUCCUCAUUGAAUCCACCAAUGAAAUCACAUACGGGCUGCCCAUCAUGAUCACUCUAAUGGUUGCCAAGUGGACUGGAGAUUUCUUCAACAAGGGCAUCUAUGACAUCCACAUCCAGCUCAGAGGAGUGCCACUGCUGGAGUGGGAGACUGAGGUUGAGAUGGACAAGCUGACAGCCAGUGAUAUCAUGGAGCCCAACUUGACCUAUGUGUACCCCCACACCCGAAUCCAGUCUCUAGUCAGCAUCCUGCGCACCACCGUCUACAACGCCUUCCCCGUGGUCACUGAAAACCGGCAGAACGAACGGGACUUCAUGAAGGGCAACAUCCUGGUCAGCAACAACAUCCGCUUCAAGAAAUCCAGUGUUGUGUCCCGUGCGGGGGAACAGCGGCGGCGCUGUCAGUCCAUGAAGUCGUACCCGUCCAGCGAGCUGAGAAACGUCUGUGACGAACAGAACGUGGUGGUACAGCCAGCAGAGGAGGGAGAGGACCUGCUGCAGCAGAUGUUAGAGAGGAGACAUGCUCCCUACCCAAACCUGUACCCAGAUCAGUCUCCCAGUGAGGAGUGGACCAUGGAGGAGCGCUUCAGACCGCUCACCUUCCACGGCCUCAUCCUGCGCUCCCAGCUGGUCAACCUGCUCAUCAGAGGGGUCUGCUACACUGAGAACCAGUCGAGUGCCACUCAGCCCAGGUUGUCGUAUGCAGAGAUGACUGAGGAUUACCCACGUUACCCUGACAUCCAUGACCUGGACCUGGCCCUGCUCAACCCCCGCAUGAUAGUGGAUGUCACCCCCUACAUGAACCCAUGUCCCUACACAGUGUCGCCCAACACCCACAUCUCGCAGGUGUUCAACCUGUUCAGGACCAUGGGGCUGCGACACCUCCCAGUGGUUAACGCUGUCGGAGAAAUUGUUGGAAUAAUCACAAGACAUAAUUUAACCCACGAGUUCCUUGUGGCCAAACUGCGGCAGCACAGCAUCACUAUUUGACCCGACUCUGGAAAAUCUGCCGCCCUUCCAACCCAGCCUGGUCCUGGUCCUGGUCCUGGUCCUGGUCCUGGUCCUGGUCCUGGUCCUGAGCCUUUGUCUCUAUCCAUUCCUAAUAGCAUGCACACAUUCUCUGCGGUACAAUGGGGAACACAGUUCUCCUGUAAGUGAAACCGUUCUGUUGUAUUUGGCUCAAGUGUUGAAGAAUUGUCAGCCCUUCUCCAGCUGAGCAUCGGAUCCACUGAAGCCAGUGGCAGGACUGGAUUCAUACACUAGGGACACUUUAAUAGAACCAUAUUUUUUUUUGACUGCAGAAAAGGUUUUACACAUCACAGAUAUCCAAUAUUGACGGCUGAUGAUUCAUGAGCACCUGCUGUGCACUGUGACUGUGAGCAACAGGACUGAGCACUAGCUCUCCUCUGACGCAUCACAAGAUGAUCUGAUGGCAUUAAGCUUAAACAUUAGCCACCUCAGCAUUUAUUUUGGUGACUACAGUGUUAUUGUCAGUGGUUCUCAAACCCUUUUAGCUGCCAUGCUCCCCCUUCAGAAUCCCAGAAAGGUUCAUGAACCCUCCAACCACACAACUUAUUUAGUUUGCAUCCAUCGUUACUGAUUCUAGAACGUCCUUUUCUCUUCUUUUUAAAAUCAGGUAAGCUUACACUUUAGGGUGUUGAUCGCCCUUACAUGAAUCAUAUGCAUUUAACUUCUGCUCCACGUUUUUCUCCCCGAUCAUCCACACAGAUCUGGAAAGAUGUAUUGAGUGAUUCCAAGUGUGGAGCUCAUUGACCGCUGUUUCUGCUGGUUGGAGACACAAUCAGAGCUUUGCAGGCGGAGCUUGGAAUAACGAAGUCAUAGCCCAGCAUAGCUAGCUAGCCUCCUGACUACAUGUUAGUUUAAAUUACGUUGAACUUGACUGUUUGAGAAACUGAAAGCUCCAGCAGCUUGUUGAUAGUGUUACUCACCGUUUGAAGGAAACAUCACUUGCAAAGGAUCCCUCGCUCCCUCAUGACAAAUUCUUUCUUUUGACCUUUUGAUCGUUUAGCUUUAUCGUCAUUAUCACUGUAGCACUUUUACUUUAGACAUUUUUAUUUACUUUGUUAGGAACUGGAAUAUAUGCACUAAAGCAGGCCGACGUCCCCUCACGGCCUGCGACUGAACUAGACCUCUGGGAAGAGUUUGCUCAGUGACCGUUUCAGCUGUUGGACAUACAGUAACAUGUGUAAUCACUCUCACCACUAGGUUAAUAAUAAUAAUAAUAAUAAUAAUCAAUCCUUUAUUAGUCCCACAAUGGGGAAAUUAUUUCUCUGCAUUUAACCCAUCCCGGAGGAGCAGUGGGCUGCAAUGAAGCGCCCGGGGAGCAAUUUUGGGGUUAGGUGUCUCGCUCAAGGACACCUCGGCAUGUUGCCGGUAGAGGGGUUUGAACCACCAACCUUGUGGUUACGGGACAAGCGCUCUACCUCAUGUGCCACAGCCGCCCCAAUAGGUUAGCAUUGUUUUGCACUCAUGACCCGUGGUAGUAGUCAUUCAGUCAGUUUAGACACAGUCUUGGUUAAGUUGACCGAGGUUUUUGUUAUGACAUUCCCUGUUGUAAUAUGUCCAGUUAGGUCCAUUGUCCUAUUUCAUCCUUUGAUUGCCCAAAAGGGGGCAAAAAAUGUGAACUCAGAGCAAAGGCAAGUAAGAAGAAGAUGAAUUGUACAUUUAUUGAUGGACAUGACGUCCACUCUGUCAGGUUGAUGGAUUAUUAGGGACCACAAUGGCACAUGUAUGUACAUCAAACAUUCCUUAAUUGUUUCUUUGUCAAUGCUUAAUGUUUUAUUUAAGAAAUUAUUUUUUAUACAAUAUUACGUUUUAUGAUUUGCUGCCUGUGCUAUGAAUGAUUCUGUCAUGUAAUUGCAUUUCUUAAGGACCAAUGCUGUCCUGGGUAAUAUUGUCUAGGCAUUGCUCACUUGUUAUUUUAAAAUGAUUCUUUUUAUGUUGUGCAUACUAAAAACUACAUAUGGCAUGGCAGGUGGCGAGCAGAAUAUGAGAUUAAGUGAAACAGUGGACAGUACAUGUCCUACUGUGAAGCCAUACCCGAGGGACUGUUUGCCAAAUACUGUUUCAUGUGACUUCUGUGGAGAUAUUAGAUGGCGCCAUGUGCUUGUUUAGGAAUUUGUAGUUUCUACAAAUGUAGAACUGGCAUAUGGCAAAAAAAAGCUUCUGCCAUGGAACAGAAAGCAGAGAGACCUCUGUCUUGUGCCUUUAUUAUUGUUCAAAUAAAGGUCCUUCUGUUUUGUCAA